CUCGCGACGGUGCUACUCCUCCUCGCCACCCUCUCCGACACGCAUAACAUCAGCAGCAUCCUUGCAAAGCACCAUGAGUUCUUCACCUUCAACCACUACCUCACCCUCACCCACCUCGCCCUUGAAAUCAACGGCAAAACUGCCAUCAUUGUCUGCGCCGUCGACAAUGCCGCCAUGUCGAACCUUCUCUUGAAACACCCCUCCAUCUACGUUGUCAAGAACAUCCUCUCCCUCCACGUCCUCCUCAACUACUUCGGCGCUAAGAAGCUCCACCAGAUCACCAAUGGCACCACCCUCACCAUCACAAUGUACCAAGCCACCGGCACCGACCCCGAAUCUGUUGGGUUUGUCAAAUCGAUCAAAGAAAUCCCUUAUAACAUCUCUGUGAUCCAGAUGAGUAAGGUUCUCCCCUCUGAAUAG